AUGGCUGAUGGAAAUCCCCAAUCGAGGUACGUGAAGCUGACGAGGGAACAAGAAGCGCCAACGGAAGAUAUCAACCCUGGAGAGCUCAACCAACCGAUUCAAAUUCCUCAGUUAAGUGUUGAUAAAUGUGCGGAAUGUGGGCAACCCCUGCCUGAAAGAUACCAACCCCCAGCUGAUGAAGAUUGGACAACUGGGAUAUUUGGCUGUGCUGAAGAUCCUGAGAGUUGCUGGACUGGACUUUUCUGUCCAUGUGUGCUGUUUGGGCGUAAUGUUGAAACAAUACGAGAAGAUAUUCCCUGGAACAAUGCCUGUGUUUGCCAUGCCAUGUGUGUUGAAGGAGGAAUUGCAGUUGCAGCAGCAACAGGAUUCUUUCAUGGUCUUGAUCCUAAGACUUCAGUUCUCAUCUGUGAGACAUUGCUAUUUGCCUGGUGGAUGUGUGCAAUCUACACAGGUCUGUUUAGGCAGUCAUUGCAAAAGAAGUAUCAUCUCAAGGAUUCACCCUGUGAUCCAUGCCUGGUGCACUGCUGCAUGCACUGGUGUGCUUUGUGUCAAGAGCACAGGGAGAUGAGGAACCACCUAUCUGAUAAUACUUCCAAUACGAUGACCCUUGUUGCCCCUCCACCAGUUCAAGAGAUGAACUCUGGAGAGAACAAGGAUGCUGCUUCGUCUUCGGAGUCUACGGGUCAUGAACACAAUGAUGCUGCUUCGUCUGCAGAGUCUUCUGAUCAUAAAAACACCAAUAUGGAGUUGGCCCUGCAGCCUGUGUAG